AUGGUUCCCAACACAACUAAACAGGUUUUAAACUCGUUGAUUUUGGAUUUUUUGGUCAAACAUCAAUUUCAAGAUACAGCAAAAGCAUUUUCUAAAGAAAGUCCCAACUUGCCUUCUAUUCCUCCUUUGAUGGAUUGUUCUCAAGGAUUUUUAUUGGAAUGGUGGCAAGUUUUCUUUGAUUUAUUUCAAGUCAGAUAUGGAGACGGUAACAGUAAUAAUAACCCUAACAACAAGCUUUAUCAUGAUUAUCUCAGAGUCCAAGAAACUCAAAAACAUCUUUUCAGUCAACUUCCUCUCAUACAGCAGCAGCAACAACAACAACAUCACUUUCAACAACAACAACAACAACAAGGGCAACAGGGACAGCCUUUCCUGCAGCAACAGCAAAGAGGAAUCGGUGUUGCUAGUGGUAUGCAAAAUCAACAACAUCAAUUUGCCCCACAGCAUCAAGGCCAACCUCAAGGACCAGGUCAAACACCUCAACCGCCAGGUUCUGCAACUAACGCUAAUUUCCCUAUCAAUAUGCCACCAAAUCUGAAUCCUCAACAACAAAUGUUCCCCAUUAAUCAACAAUUUGCUCAGAUGCCAAAUGGUCAAAAUCAGCCUUCAAUGGAACAACAACAAAGAAUGGCAAUGAUGAUGAAACAACAAGCAAUGGCUGCACAAAGACAACAAAUCCCAAUGAAUGGUUUAGAUCCACAACAACAACAGCAAAUGAUGAAUGCUGUAGGUGGUGGACCUGGUAAUUUGAAUUUGCAACAACAACUAUUUUUACAACAACAACAGCAGCAGCAGCAGCAACCCAAAACUACUUUCCAGCAACAAGCACAAAAUCAAAUGAACAAUUUGCGUCAACAAGCUGCAAUGGUUGCUCAGCAGCAGCAACAGCAACAACAACAGCAACAACAACAGGGUCAGUUGCAAGGCAAUUUGGCAUCAGCAAUGGGUGAUUCAUCUCUGAAGAAUAACUCUCCUGUUGGUGCAAGAUCAAAUCAACAGCUGACUCCACAACAAAAUGCUGCACCAGCUCCACUGCCACAUCCUUCUCAACAAGGUCAAGCACAAGCUCAACAUAAUUUCCAGAGCCAACAACAACAACAACAACAGCAAAUGACUAAGAUGGCUGGGUCUCAAGGAAUGAAAAAGAAUGGUCAGAUGUCAAACGGCACUAGUAAUAACAGUAGUGGCAGAAACAAUAAUGCUCUACGAGAUUAUCAAAAUCAAUUAAUGUUAUUAGAAAGACAGAAUAAAGAGAGAUUAGAAUUUGCUAGAAACACUGGUAAUUCCGACUCCAACCCAUUGAGUAAUGGAAUGAUGUUUGCCGGUCAAAAUCAAUAUUCAAAUUCAAAUCAAAAUCAAAAUCAACUUCCUCCUAAUCAACAACAACCAACUCCAGCAACUUUCCACCCACCACCUCCGCCAACAACUGCAAAUGGUCCUCAGGGACAAUUUAAUCAAAAACCAUCACCUGCAACGUCAAACAAUUCACCUGCAUUAGGCAAUAAAUCAUCACCAGCAAUGGGCAAUAAGAAAUCGAAGAAAGAAUCCAAUAGUAAAAAGGGUAAAAAGGCGAAUUCAAAUGCUUCUACAACAGCAAACAACAAAACAUCUGGACAAACAACACCAAACAUGUCACAACCUCCUAGUGCUGGCACGGAGCCAAAGCAGCCUCAACCAACAGAGCAAAUGCGUCAAUUACAAGACAAGCAACAGCGUCCAGGUUCAAAUACUCCAAGUAUGGGAAAGAAGGAUUUCCAGCCAUUGACACCUCGCUCUGAACCAAUUAGUGGUGAAACUACGAAAAAGAAGCGUAAAUCAGGUAAAUUGAAUGACAAUAAUGAAAAUAGUAAUGGCAAUUCUCCAAAGAAGCAAGCCAAAACCAAUGCAAACUCCAAAAACUUAGAUCCUAUAAUAAAAGAAGAAGAGAAUGGAGUAUUAUCUUUGAAGAAAGAAUCUUCAACUUCAUUGCAAGAUCAAGAUCUAGAUUUAAACCCCCCAUUGGCACCAACUCAAGCCACUGCUAUGUCCAAUACAUUUAACGACGAUCCAUUUGAUGUUCAUUUAUUAGAUACACAACAUCAUCACCAACAAAAUAGCAACAACAGCAAUCAUAAUCGUGGGCAAAAUCUUUCAAAUGGAAGUAAUAAUCUCAGUGUAAGUGGCCCAGGAAUGGGAAUGAAUAAUCUGGUAUUUGGUGAUUCGACUCAUGCAUUUGACAUUAAUUUCAACAUUGAUAGUCUUGAUGAUAUAUGGACAACUACUGGACCAGGAGGUGAUAUUACUGGCACUGGUUCGGGUUCAGGAGGUGCUGGCGGUACCGAUGAUGAUAAUUUCAUGGGAAUGAAUUGGGCUGCAGAUCCAAUUGAAAAUGGCGAUUAG